GGGGUAAUUGUUUCACAAGAUAUGGUGGUAUCGAUCAUGCUAUAGAAAUAAUCUCCUAAACUGUGGCCCAAAGUGAAGUCAGAAAAGAUGAACUGACAUCGAUGGCGAAUUUAUUUUAGGAGAAAAUGUUUUAGAAGUACUGAAGUUGCAAUAUAUACUAGGAGUAAUUAAUUUCAACUUUAUCUGUGUACCCUAGCGUUGUCAGCUUAAUUCUUUAUUUUUUCUCACCAUUCAUUUACCGGAAAAAAACAAAUAAAUUGGUUGUUGAGUUCAACAUAUGGUAAAUGACUUUGGAUCCAAACUAAGUCCAUAUUGUUACGUAGAUGUGAUAGAACAUUCAAGAAGAAACAUCAAGUCAAUACAAAGGAGGGAAAAGAAAAAAUUGUAGUAGAAAAGAUCAAAAGUUGAAAAUAAUUAAAAUAAUAUUAGUAGCAUUGUUUUCUCAGACGGAAGAAGACAAUUGGAAGGAAACUUUUAUUGGGGAACAAAAGAAAAAGAGGGUGAACAACCCAAAGGUUGAUCUCUUAGUUGGUUGAGUUUUAUUGCUUUCUUUGAAUUGACAUAAUCAUCGUGGAAUAUUUUCAUAUUAGAGAGAGAUAUUCUGAAGUAGAUCAAAAACUAAACCUUCUUGCUAAUGGUGCAAAAGACUGUAUUGAAAGUUGAUGUUUCUUGUGAUAAAUGCAAGAAAAAGAUCCUCAAAGCAGUUUCAGGUCUGCCAGGUGUGGAAAAAGUUGAAAUUGAUGAAGCAAAGGGAACUUUGAGUGUAACCGGUGAUGCUGACCCAUACAAAGUCAUUGUGAGAUCAAGGAAAGCUGGGAAAUUUGCUGAGGUUGUCAGUAUUGGGCCUCCACCACCUCCUCCAAAACCAGAUGCAGCGAAAAAGCCUGAACUGAAACCCAAACCCAAACCCCAACCUCAACCCGAGCCCCAGCCCAUGGCCCAGAUCUAUGGUCCUCCCCCUCCCAUUAUGCCCCAAGUCUGCCCUUGCUGUCAGAGAUUACCACAUGUAGUUCACGUGACGCGUACGGAAGAACCCACACCACAAUGCUCUAUUUUGUAGUUACACAGGGACGGAUCUACCUUAUCGAAUGAAAACUUCAUGGUUACUCUUGUUGGCUUUUUUUUAUUCGUCUAUUCAAUUUUUUUCAAUUUUGUAGCUAUCAUAAAAGAAGAAGAUUUUGUAAAUUAUUCAUACAUAUGAAUUAUCAAUUGGCAAGAG